GUCACCGGGGCUGGCGACGUGCAGGUACUUGGGGUACAGCGCGUCGAUGGCGGCGACGUCGAGGCCAGGCACGGCAGCCGCGGAUGGCGGGACUGCUGCUGUGUCGGCGGAGGCGAGGAGCGUGGCGGCGCCGGCCUUGGUCAGGACGCAGAGGCGCCUCACAUGUCAGGAUACUUUUUUCUCUCCCUCUCUCUUCCUCCCUUCUCUCUCCUCCUCUUGUCUUCCCCAAUGGGGCGCCCCGGUUGGGCGGCGACGACGAGCUCAGCCAGGGGCGCGCGCCGCCGCCAUCCGGCCCAGGCGGAGCUGGUCGCGUCCAGGAGUUGUUCCGUGCGUGAGCCUGUGACCCUUCCGGGCUUCCCGCCGCCGCCACGCCGACCACCACCACCACCACCUGUCCACCUCGACCCUCGCCCUCCUCUCGCGCGCCAACGCCGCAGCCGCAGCCAUGGACGCGGAUCCCUCGCGCCAGGUGCGCGUGUGCUUCAUCACAAAGCUGCCGCCCCCACUUCAUGCGCCGCCCGCCGCCAUCGCCAUCCCCGCGGACCUCUAUCGCAUGGGCCUCUCCGAGAUCGUCAACAGCCUUCUCGCCGCCGCAACCGAACCGGACCACAAGGCGCAAGCCUUCGACUUUCUCGUGGACGGCGAGCUCGUGCCGCUGCCGCUCCAGCAGUUCCUCCUCGCCAAGGGCAUCUCGGCGAAACGAAUUUUCGCUUGACGAUUGAAUUCUUUUUUUCCCGAGGAGUUGCUGUGAUUUGGUUGUAAUUUGUGCGGGGAUUGGGUGUGAAUGUUUUGCAGGAGAGGGUGCUUGAGCUUGAGUAUGUGAAAGCCGUGGCACCAAAGAAGCAGGAUGAGCCCUGCCCCCAUGAUGAUUGGGUUAGUGCAGUCGAUGGAUCAAACCCGAGGUAUGGUUUUUUUCAUGUUGCUUGUGUGCAACCUGAUAACUGUGGAAAUAACUUAUCUGGAUUGGAAAUGUCUUGUGCUUUCUGUUGUCACAACACCUGUAUUGUCUGGAUGACACUUAGUUUUGUAGGAGAUUAGUUGGUGCAGACACCCGAUUAUACAGGGUUUUAGUUCAUCUUGUUUGGGAAACAAAUCGGAUGACUCUGCUCGUGUAAAUACCUCUCUGGAUACUUUAGUUAAUAGUUCCUUGCUAUAUAUUUUGACUAUGCUGGCAUUGGCGCACUUUAGCUGAGUUUUGCAGACAGAUGUUGUUCCUGUUGUAUGCUUUUCUACUGCUGCUCCUUCCACCUACUUUUGUUGUGUUGACACAACUAGGACUACAACUGGAAUAAAAAUAACAGGAUGGCCAUUACCUUUUA